AUGGGGAUACAUAAGGAGUUCAUAGCCUUACGUGCGGAAGAGAAUGACAAGGUUCGUUUUGCUACAUAUCUUUUUAGUGGAGCUGCUGACUUUUGGUGGGACUCGAUAAGACGAUUCCGAAAUGUUACUGUUUGGGUAGAGUAUGAAACAUUGUUCAUUGAAAAGUAUUUUCUUAAGACAUCCAAAGAUCAGAUGUGUGCUGAAUUUGCAACCUUAACUCAGGGAGACAUGACGGUUUCUCAACUGGACAAGAAUUUCGGUGAAUUGGAACGUUUUGGGGAUAACUUGAUAAAUACACCAUUACGAAAAGCAAGAAAACUUCAGAAUGCACUGAAACCUGCCAUUCGUGCUAGGUUAGUUCCAUGUCGCCUCACCACUUACAAUGAUGUUCUUGACACUGCAUUAGCUGUAGAAGCAGACUGGAAUAAAAACCAGAAUAAAAGGGAGCCGAGAGAUCAAAAGAGGAGCCAGAAACGUCAACAUAUUGAUGAUAUUGAGAGGAACGAAAAGCGUCAGCAUAUUGAUGAUAUUGGGAAAAUAGUUGAACCAAAGGUAUGCUAUCACUGCAGAGUAGAGUGUCACUUUGUUAGGGAUUGUCCUAAUUUAGGGUUGCCUGCAAAACCAUACGCAAAUUAUGUGUGCCACCGUUGUGGCAGUAGCGAUCACUUUAUCAAGGACUGUCCUAUGCCACGAGUUUAUCAGUAUAUGAAUGCAAACCAGCCUCAAUACCAGACUGGACCAAGGCAGAAUUAUCGUGAGAAAGAACCAUAUCAACCGAGAAACGAUUUACGACUAUUUGCGCAUAGACAACAACAGAUGCAAGGGAAACUAAACCAUUUGGAAACUUCUGAAGUGCGUAAGGAGGAUGCGGUUGUGCAAGGUAAAUUUUGA